GGUCACGUGAGUCCAGUCACGUGAGACUCGUGAUGAGCCGGGGCGGCGCGGCGCAGCGCUCGGCUUCCGGAGCUUUGCUGCCCUGGGCUGGUUUGGGCAUCGCUGCCUGGGAGCACGCCGAGCCGCGCGGCCGGGAUGAUGAAUGGGACGACCCCCGACCCGGAGCGGGCGCCGGCGUCAGAGCCUGUGUGGGAGCGGCCCUGGUCGGUGGAGGAGAUCCGCAAGAGCAGCCAGAACUGGUCGCUGGCGGCCGACGCGGGCCUACUACAGUUUCUACAGGAAUUCUCACAACAGACUAUCUCUAGGACCCAUGAAAUCAAGAAACAAGUGGAUGGACUAAUUCGGGAAACUAAGGCCACAGAUUGCCGCCUGCAUAAUGUCUUCAAUGACUUCCUUAUGCUGUCUAACACCCAGUUCAUUGAGAAUCGUGUCUAUGAUGAAGAAGUGGAGGAGCCGGUACUCAAGACUGAGGCAGAAAAACCAGAACAGGAGAAGACCCGGGAGCAGAAAGAAGUAGAUCUGAUUCCUAAAGUCCAGGAGGCUGUGAAUUAUGGUUUACAAGUAUUGGACAGUGCGUUUGAACAGCUGGACAUACGGGCAGGAAACUCGGACUCCGAAGAAGACGACACUAAUGAGCGGGUAGAACUGAUCCUUGAACCGAAGGACCUAUACAUAGAUCGACCUUUACCUUAUUUAAUUGGGUCCAAGCCUUUCAUGGAGCAAGAGGAUGUGGGUCUCGGGGAGCUGUCUAGUGAAGAAGGCUCCAUCGGCAGUGAUCGUGGUAGCAUCAUGGACAGUGAGGAGGAGAAAGAAGAAGAGGAGUCAGAUGAAGAUACUGCCAAUCACAGUGACAGCUGUCAGAACCAGCACCCUGGACAGAUGAGUGAAGAGGAGGAGGAAGAAGAUGGCUGUGACCUUUUUGCUGAUUCCGAGAAAGAGGAGGAAGAGAUCGAGGACAUGGAGGAAAGUUCUAGACUUAAAAGUAGACCUACAUCGUUUGCUGAUGAGCUGGCCGCUCGCAUCCGAGGGGACACCACAGGCCGAGGGGAGGAGGAGCAGGCAGGUGUGACUCGGAGGGGCUCCCAAGGGCAAGCUAAACCUCGGAAGAUGGUGAAAGAGAAGAAGGAAAGGAGAGCUCCCUCAGAUGAUGAGGACGAUAACCUGUUUGUACCCCCCAAGCUGACCGAUGAAGACUUUUCACCGUUUGGUUCUAGAGGAGGCCUGUUCAGUGGCGGGAAGGGACUUUUUGAUGACGAUGAGGAGAGUGACCUCUUCACGGAAGCCCCUAAGGAUCAGGAUGUUCGAGCCUCUGCCAAUGAAGAGCCUUCAUCCUCUAAACCUGGGAAGAAAAUCCCAGCAGGAGCUGUCUCUGUAUUUUUAGGGGAUGCUGGUGUGUUUGGUGCCAGCUCUGCUCCAUCGCUGAAGGAGCCCCAAAAGCCUGAGCGCCCCUCUCCUGGGAGAAGCCCACACAUUCCAGCUCCGGCCGGCCUCUUUGAUGAUGAGGAGGAUGACGAUGACUUUUUUACAACAUCCCGCAGCAAACCUUCCCAGAAAGACAAAGUCAAAUCCACUGCUGAUAUCUUUGAUGAUGAGGAAGGAGAGCUGUUUAAAGAAAAAACCGUAGCUUUGCCAGAAGCUACUAUAAAACAGACAGAGGAAAAUAAAGCAAGAGCAGAGAAAAAGGUUACCCUUCCUUCCAGCAAAAAUCUGAAGCCCUCGUCAGAAACAAAUACUCAGAAAGGGUUAUUUUCAGAUGAGGAGGACUCUGAGCAGGAUUUAUUUACUUAUCAAAAUGCAAGUAAGUCAAAAAGUGCACCUUCCCUGCCUGGCAAACUCCCUACGCCAGUCUCACUGUUCGAUGAUGAUGAAGAGGACAAUCUGUUUGGGGCUACAGCUGUUAAAAAGCAGACAUCAUCUCUAUUAAUUCAGAAUCAAGAGAAAACAAAACUCUCUGAGCCUGCCAAAAAGAAAACAUCUGCCUUAUUGUUCAGCAGUGAUGAGGAAGACCAGUGGAAUAUUACUGAUUCACAGAAAAACUCGGCACCUGACAACAGGUCUAAAGUGGGGCUUAGAGACUCAGGGACCAGCCAGGUACAAGAGGCCAAGGCGGUGAAAAAGACCAGCCUGUUUGAGGAGGAGGAUGAAGACGAUCUGUUUGCUAUUGCUAAGGACAGCCAAAAGAAGACCCAGAGAGUGUCGUUGCUUUUUGAAGACGAUGCUGACAGUGGAGGCUCUCUGUUUGGCUCUCCUCCUGCAUCCGUUCCGCCAGCAACAACGGCAACACCUAUACUGUUCAGUGAUGGGGAGAAGGAGGCACCGUCUGAAGCAAAGCCUGCGAGUAAGGGAGUUGAAAGUACUUUUGGACCACCAGAAUUUGGGAGAACCAGUGUGGCCGAGGGAUCAGAAAAGGAAGGGCCCUUGACUAGAUCUGCCCAGGAAACAGUCCAGCAUUCUGGUUUGUUUUCUUCACCAUCCCCAUUGGAUAAAGGAGCCAAGGAUAGAACCAAAACAGUUCUUAGCUUGUUUGAUGAGGAAGAUGAUAAAACCGAAGCUCAAAACAGCAUCCAUAGUCUACAGAAAGAAGCAGGAAAGAACUCUGAUCCUGCUGCCCGCCCAAAGAGCACAGGUGUCUUUCAGGAUGAGGAGCUCCUUUUCAGCCACAAACUCCAGAAGGACAAUGAUCCAGACGUUGACCUCUUCUCUGGCACCAGAAGAACCAGGUUGCUACAGCCGAGUGCUGGGAGUCUAUUUGGGGAUGAGGAAGAUGACGAUCUGUUCAGCUCGGCCAAGUCUCAGCCUCUGAUACCAGAAAAGAAGAAGGUGGUGAAAAAAGACCACUCUGUUUCUUCUUUCAAGAACCAGAAACAACAUGAAUCUACUCAAGAUUUCAAAGAAAAAGACACAUGGAAACUGGAAACACCUCAGGACUCAUCAGGUCUCGCUCCAUUUAAAACCAAAGAGCCAUCCGCUCGGAUCGGGAAAAUACAAGCAAAUUUAGCGAUUAACCCAGCAGCCUUGCUGCCUUCAGCGACUCCCCACAUCUCUGGAGCGAAGCCUGUUUUGUUUGAGUCGGCUUUUCCUCCACGGGAACCUGAAAGGACCCACAGUCUGGAGCACGCAUCCAUCCUUCCUGGGCGUGGUGAGGCCGGAGUGAGUUUUGAUCUUCCAGCUCAGGCAGACACCUUACCCAGUGCAAACAAGAGCCGAGCCAAAGUGAGAGGGAAACGCAGACCCCAGACCCGAGCGGCUCGGCGGCUGGCUGCCCAGGAGUCCAGUGAAGCAGAGGACGUGAGUGUCCCCAGAGGACCCACUGCACAGUCAGGAGACAUCGCCCUUUCACUGGGUGGCCAUCACACCCAGCCUGGGGUCUGCGGAGAAGACGGCCCUGAGAAGGCUGUGGCAGCUGCUGUUCCAGCUUCGGAAGGUAGCUCUGUGCUUGAAGUGGACAGAAGCCCUUUUGCAAAAUCCCUGGGUCAGCCUCUUGAGGACAACCUUUUCGAUGCUGGGGAUAUCUUUUCCAAAGGUUCUGGAUCUCAGUACAAAACAAAAGCCAAGGAGAAGACCAUGGAGGCUCUGCCGAACAAGCCAGGGGGAAAUAAAGGAAAGAGCUCCAUUUUUUCAGCUCUAGAUGAGACAGGCAGUGAUGAUGAUCUGUUUCAGACUGUUAAACCAAAACCAGCAAAGAAAAUGAAUCCCUUUCCUCUCCUGGAAGAUGAAGACGAUCUCUUUACAGAUCACAGAGGCAAGAAGAGUGAGUCAAAAUCCAACAGUCAGCAGGAUGCAAUAUCAAAAACACAGGAUAUUUUUGAGGAUGAUAUAUUUGCUACAGAAGCAAUUAAACCAUCACAAAAAACAAAAGAGAAGGAAAGAACAUUGGAACCCAAUUUAUUUGAUAAUAUUGAUAUUUUUGCUGACCUAACUGUAAAACCAAAAGACAAGUCUAAAAAGAAAGUGGAAGCUAAGUCGAUAUUUGAUGAUGACAUGGAUGAUAUCUUCUCCUCUGGUACUCAGGCUAAGACAACCAAACCAAAAAGCCGAUCUGCACAGGCAGCACCUGAAGAAAGCUCUGAACACAAGGUGUCCAGCAUAUUUGAAGACCCCUUGAAUGCCUUUGGAGGCCAGUAGAGUAUCUAGGUGGCCACACUACCUUUCAGCUAAGCCUUGAGUUAAUAAUACUGUCUUACACACACUUUCUUAACUGGAUGACAAAAAACAAAUACUGAAACAGCUCGCUCACUCCUUAUCCAUUGUAACUUGAGUAUUUUCCUGCACUGGUUUUAAUCAUGCUUAGUACUGCAAAGCAAAAAUAAAUGUUUCACAAAUGGUU